AUGUCCAACACUCCCGCACCUGCCAACCCCGCUGCCUCGACCACCUCCGGCGCCGCAGUCAGCACUACUCAGCGCGAGGACACCGGCGCAGGCACUGCUUUCGGCGGCGCUGAGACCACCCCUCUUCACUCCACCCACUCGCACGCUUCUCACUCCGCUACUCCCUCUUCGACCCACUCUCAUUCUCACGCCGCAACUGGCGCGACCACCGGUACCGGCCCCGUCGUCGACACGACCCAGCGCCAGGAGGUCGGCGCAGGCUCGGGUGCCGGAACCGAGACCGCGCCUCUUCACUCGACUCACUCGCACGCCUCGCACACCGGAACUCCCGCUCCCGCCAACCCCGCUUCUUCCACCACGUCCGGUGCCGCAGUCGACUCGACCCAGCGCCAGGACACGGGUGCCGGAAACGUCGCUUCGGGCGCUGAGACGGGUGCUGCUGCUGCUGGCGAAGGUGCUGAGGGUUCGGCGGCGACGGGGCCUGAGGGUGGAUACCCUGAGCAGGUGCACGCGGGCAAGCUUGGUUACGGGCCGCACUACGCUGGAAACCCCGGCAUUAGCGACCAGCUCAAGGGAACCGAGGAGAUUAUCAAGGGCAAGCUCACGCACAAGCCCGAGCUCGUCCAGCAAGGCCACGACCGCAAGGACGGCGUCCUCGCCGAGCGCAAGCGCGAGUACGAAGCCGAGCACGACGACGGCGCGUUCUCCAAGCCCGCAGAGGGACAGGGCAACCCUGGCGGUGCGAAGGGCGCGAACGCCCCGGCUGGCGAGGCGGCGGGCGCGAAGAAUGUUCGUGAGAGCGGAGAUGUCGCGGCGGACAAGGCGGCGACCGCUUCGACCAAGACCAACUAG